AUGGAGACCCAUGCUCCAUUCGCUCAUGUACAUCCUUACAUGAAGAAAGGGCACAGUAUAAAGGUGGAUGUACUAUCACGUCAGGCUCUAGUAUCACCAAUUUUCAGGAAACCGCAGAUUCCACCAAUUUCAGAUAGAUAUGUUAAGGUAUUCGAUCCCCUAGUGAAUAAUUUAGAAUCACGAACUGAUGAAAAUUAUUUAAUACACACGAAAUUAUAUGAUAAAUAUAAAUCUGUAUUCAAUAACAUUUCAAGAGAAUCGCUACUAAACUAUAGUAUUACGAAAUCGGAGGAGGUAACUAGAGAAAUUCCUUGUUCGGAAUCCAGUUCUAGCGCUGAUGAUUCCACAUGUACAAACACAGAAAGUGCUAAAUCAGACUAUGUAGAAUCUUUUGAUCAUAACGAAUUUAACAAAAUCCUAGAUUCGAAGGAACUUAUUUCUGUGCCCUGGGUCUCUAUUGUACCGCAUCUAGUCAAGUCAAUGUUUAAAUCCAUAAUUAAUGAGGACGCUUACAUGCCAACAAUGUCAGAACAUUCACUUACUGAUUACACUUCUAGUGAUGAUUCAUUGAAGAUAUCUAAAAUUGACGUCAAAACACCUGAACAAACAGCUGAGCCAGAAUUGGCUGGAUCGCCAACUGAUUCAAUUGAGAUAAAUCCGAGUUCUGUAUCAAGCGAAUCAUCAUCAAAAGAGUUUGUGGUAAAGGAAAAAUGCGUUAGAAGACUUUUUUCAGCCUUGGCAACUUUUGUUAAGGAGCUUGACUACUGGAAUGAUUUGGUUACUGACUCAUUGGCUAGAACAGGUUCUAACCGUCUAACAUUAACUGAAGCAAGAGUAUUAGUUAACGAUUAUAGGUACAUAACAUUUGGACUGUUGAAUUCUGAACUCUCAAAUAGGCUUGAGAAUGAGAUUAGAUUGGCUGAAGAGUAUUCUAGUAAGGUUCGAGAGAAGUUGGCCUUUAUCUUUGAUAAGGAAUCUGAAGAAAGCAGUUCCAUAGACUUGUCACUUGCAGAAAAUUUAUUGAAGGAAGGGUCACUUCUGACAUUUGCCACUACAGAGUUUAUAUCUCUAAGUCAUCUUUUCUACAGCGUAUCAUCACUCAGGAAUCUGUUGGACGAGUCAAUACUGCGUUCAGAUAUUUCAAAUUCGAACAUAUUGAUAGAGGAAUGUGACAAUUCAGUGAUCAAGAUACCGGACUUAGAAAAUGUAAAAGCCCAUCUAUCCAAGAUCGUCUGGCUAAACAAUGCACAGAAAUACUCACAGAAGCCAGUAAACUAUAAACUUGUGGGCGAGUUAAUUGAGAACACACCAGAUGAACUAAGGACACACACACUGUACCAACAUUUAAAUAAUAAACUAAAUAAGGCUUUUAAACUAAUUGAGAGAUUAAAGGAGCCGAAAUAUAAAUAUUUAAUGUCAAGUGAGGAUUUAAGAAUGAAUAACCAGAGUAAGGAUAAAAAUCACAUAGAUAAAGAAAGCGAUUCUGAAGAUGAGAGCAUUGAUGAGGAAGAGUUAAGGCUUGAGGAUAAGAAUGGAAUUGAUAGGAAUAAAAAGUUAAAACCGGAGGAAUUGGAGGAUAUACAUAAUAAUUACCAGGAAAUUAAUUUAAUUAUCCCUAUCUAUAAGGCCAUUGAGCCGGCAUAUUUAAUGUGGAAAAGAUUUCAAAGGAGACAUAAGAAGGUGGAGUCGUUGAUUUCGUCAGAAAAUACUUCCAACUGUACAAUAGAAUGUCUUGUCCUGCUCCAACAAGCAGAAACCCUAAAGGAGUAUAUCGAUAUACAUAAUUUGUUAGAGCCGAUCAAGGCUGAUGUCGAGAACUCACUCAAGUUUGAAAAGAAAUGCAGAAACGUCUUAAACAGAUUUAAUAAUUGGUCAAUCACCAACGAUUUCAUCAAAUUCAAAACUGAAUGGCAUGCUUUAACAAACUUUAGAAAGAAUGCAAGUGUUAAUAAAAAGGACCUAGAAGAUUUAAUUAACCUGGUGAAUUUAUACAAAACUCGUGAAACCACCGUGAAUCCAGAUAAUCCGAAUGAUUCAACAGUAAAUAAUACUCUUUUCGAAGAGAAUGAGGAAGAGGAAAUAAUGAUAAAACCCAGAAUUAAGCGUAGGAGAUCGACUAAAAGGAUGAAAAAAUUACCAUCUGAAGAUAGGUCAUCUGAUUCUCUAGAAGAAGACGAGGAUAGAACCCAGGAUAAACCCACAUCUAGUGGUAGUGAAGUGGUUAGAGAUAAAGUUGGAUUUCAGGAGAUAGUUGACUUGUUUAACGAGUUUUGGAACCUUAGAGUUAAAAAUUGGCAAAUUUUUAGAAAUUUGCAAGAGAUCCACAACUCCUGUUUAGAAAUGAUAGAUAAAUGUGAUAACAUAAUUAACGAUAUAAAGGAAGGAAUGAGGUCAGAUGAGAUUGUCUCAAAUUUAAUUUUAAUAACAAUUGAAACUCUCAAAUUCGGGGCUAAUUUAGAACUAGACGAUAAAUUAUUAAACUCAGUCAAGUACUGUUUAUGGAUUAAAAAACUCUACAGUUCAAUGAAUAAGCUUCACACCUUCCUAACAUCAGAUCAGGUGGAUAUUAAUAAUUUUGAAUUAGAAAGUGAUACGCAUGAAAAUUAUCAUAAUGCUAGUGAAUUUAAUCCCGAAUCUGAUGAAAUGAGUAGUAAAUCAGACGAAAGUAGUAAGUCCGAAGAAAUGUCAAUUUCAUCAGAGGAAUCAAAUUUAGAAUCUGAAGAUAUGGAAAUAGAAUAUGAAAACAGUCACCUUAGGAUAUUUGUAACAAAGUUUAAAAGUCUUGUGGAGGAGUUUGAUAAUGAUUGCAUGGAAGAAUUUGUUGAUUCUACACACCCGAUCUCAUAUUACAUUAACAUAACACCUGAAGAAUUUAACAAUACAGACUCAAUAGUUGAUACAACAAUACACACUAAUGUUUAUCUUGAGAGAUUGUUGGAAUCUCAGAAAAUAUUCACAUUAACAGAGCGAGAUUUCCUAACUAUGUUCACAACAACACAACAAUGA